CACGUGCGCCUGCUCCCUCCGGCUCCGGCUCCGGCUCCGGCACGGCGGCUGCAGCACCGCCCGCACCAUGCCGCCGCUGCCGCCGAGCUCGCGUCCCGCGCCCCUGCCCCUGCCGUUGCCCUGACCCGCGGGGCAGCGCCGGCCCGGGGCUCCGCGAUGAUGAGGCGCCGCCGCUACCUGCUGGACAGGGCGGAGCAGGCGGGCGGCGAGCAGCGCCCGCCGCCCCGCGCCCGCGACUGGCUCUACGAGUCCUACUACUGCAUGAGCCAGCAGCACCCGCUCCUCGUGUUCCUGCUGCUAAUCGUCAUGGGCGCCUGCCUGGCGCUGCUCGCCGUCUUCUUCGCCUCGGGGCUGGAAAUUGAAGAUCAUGUGGCAUUUUUAAUAACUGUUCCAACCGCCCUAGCAAUUUUUUUUGCUAUAUUUAUCCUCGUCUGCAUAGAAUCUGUGUUUAAGAAGCUGCUUCGUAUUUUCUCGCUGGUGGUCUGGGUAUGCCUUGUUGCCAUGGGAUAUCUCUUCAUGUGUUUUGGGGGUAUCAUCUGUCCCUGGGACCAGGUAUCAUUUUUCUUGUUCAUUAUUUUUGUGGUAUAUACCAUGCUGCCCUUCAACAUGAGAGAUGCUAUAAUUGCCAGUGUCUUGACCUCUGCUUCCCACACCAUUGUGCUCAGCAUUUGUCUCUCACGUACAGACAUCAUAAAGGAACACUUGGUCUGGCAGAUAUUGGCAAAUGUUAUCAUCUUCAUCUGUGGAAAUCUGGCAGGUGCUUAUCAUAAGCACCUCAUGGAGCUUGCUUUACAGCAGACAUAUCAGGACACUUGUAACUGCAUCAAGUCUCGCAUCAAGUUAGAAUUUGAGAAGCGGCAACAGGAACGUCUUCUACUUUCUUUACUGCCUGCUCACAUUGCUAUGGAAAUGAAAGCAGAGAUUAUUCAGAGGUUACAAGGUCCCAAAGCAGGUCAGCUGGAAAAUACAAACAACUUUCAUAAUUUGUAUGUCAAGAGGCACACCAAUGUGAGUAUUUUGUAUGCUGAUAUUGUGGGGUUCACUCGCCUGGCCAGUGAUUGCUCACCUGGGGAACUGGUACACAUGCUUAAUGAACUCUUUGGCAAGUUUGACCAAAUAGCAAAGGAAAAUGAAUGUAUGAGAAUUAAAAUUUUAGGCGACUGCUACUACUGUGUGUCUGGAUUACCUAUCUCUCUUCAAAAUCAUGCCAAAAAUUGUGUGAAAAUGGGACUGGACAUGUGUGAAGCCAUAAAGAAGGUCAGAGAUGCCACUGGAGUUGAUAUUAAUAUGCGUGUAGGGGUGCAUUCUGGAAACGUCCUUUGUGGUGUUAUUGGGCUACAGAAAUGGCAGUAUGAUGUAUGGUCCCAUGAUGUUACACUGGCAAACCACAUGGAAGCUGGAGGUGUUCCAGGCCGUGUUCACAUUACUUCAGUCACUCUGGCGCAUUUGAAUGGAGCUUACAAAGUGGAAGAAGGGGAUGGAGAUGCCAGAGACCCAUAUCUGAAAGAACAUAAUGUUAAAACCUACUUUGUGAUCAAUCCCAAGGGAGAAAAACGAAGCCCACAGCACCACAUCAGACCCAGGCACACCCUAGAUGGAGCUAAGAUGAGAGCCUCAGUUCGCAUGACCCGGUAUCUCGAAUCGUGGGGAGCAGCCAAGCCGUUUGCACACUUACACCACAGGGACAGCAUGACCACGGAAAACGGCAAGAUUAGUACCACAGAUGUUCCUAUGGGCCAAUAUCAUUUCCAGCGUUGCAGAGAAAGAACAAAAUCACAGAAGAAAAGGUUUGAAGAAGAGCUAAAUGAGAGGAUGAUUCAGGCCAUUGAUGGAAUCAAUGCUCAAAAGCAAUGGCUUAAAUCUGAAGACAUUCAGAGAAUAUCAUUACUUUUCUAUAACAAAACUCUGGAAAAAGAGUACCGAGCCACAACUUUGCCUGCCUUCAAGUAUUAUGUGACGUGUGCAUGCCUGAUAUUCUUCUGCAUUUUUGUUGUGCAGAUUCUGGUAUUACCAAAAACAUCUAUUCUUGGAAUUUCCUUUGGGGCUGCAUUUCUCUUGCUUUCCUUCAUUCUUUUUAUAUGUUUUGCUGGACAGCUUUUGCAAUGCAGCAAGAAAACCUCAGCCUCACUAUUGUGGAUACUGAAAUCAUCUGGAAUAAUUGCCAACCGUCCUUGGCCACGAAUCACUCUUACAUUGACAACUACUACUAUAAUACUAACAAUGGCCAUAUUCAAUAUGUUUUUCCUGGAUGAUGCUGCGAUAGGUUCUGUCUCCAUUCUAAAUUCAUCAAAUGCAAGUUACCCUAAUUCGAGUGAUCAAACUCUAUGGUAUACACAAAACAGUAAUUUUUUCCUACCGUACUUCAUAUACAGCUGCAUUUUGGGACUGAUUUCCUGUUCUGUUUUUCUGCGAAUAAAUUAUGAGUUGAAAAUGGUGAUAAUGUUGAUUGCAUUGGUGGUCUACAAUGUCAUUCUCCUGCACACUCAUGGCUCCAUGCUGGAUGAUUACAUCAAAUUCCUAUAUGCAGUGGUGCCUUUGGAAAGGCCAGGAAUACUGAAGGACCUGAAGACAAUGGGCUCUGUGUCUCUAUUUAUAUUCUUUGUCACUUUACUGGUCCUUGGUAGACAGAAUGAAUAUUACUGUAGGUUAGACUUCCUGUGGAAGAACAAAUUCAAAAAAGAGCGGGAGGAGAUUGAAACCAUGGAGAACCUGAAUCGGGUGCUUCUGGAGAAUGUGCUUCCUGCUCACGUAGCCGAACAUUUCUUGGCAAGGAACCUGAAGAAUGAGGAUCUAUAUCAUCAGUCAUAUGACUGUGUCUGUGUCAUGUUUGCCUCUAUUCCGGAUUUCAAGGAAUUUUACACAGAAUCUGAUGUGAAUAAGGAAGGUUUGGAAUGCCUCAGACUGUUGAAUGAGAUCAUCGCUGACUUUGAUGAUCUGUUGUCUAAGCCAAAAUUCAGUGGAGUUGAAAAGAUCAAGACUAUUGGAAGCACGUACAUGGCUGCUACAGGACUGAGUGCUACACCCAACCAAGAACACAGUCAGGAGCCAGAACGACAGUACCUGCACAUUGGAACUAUGGUGGAGUUUGCAUUUGCCUUAGUGGCAAAGCUGGAUGUCAUAAACAAGCAUUCAUUCAAUGACUUCAAGUUACGAGUAGGCAUUAACCAUGGACCUGUAAUAGCCGGAGUCAUUGGAGCUCAAAAACCACAGUACGACAUUUGGGGUAACACAGUAAAUGUGGCUAGCAGGAUGGACAGCACAGGCAUUCUAGAUAAGAUACAGGUUACAGAGGAGACAAACAACAUCUUGCAAACACUCGGGUAUAUGAGCACUUGCAGAGGAAUAAUAAAUGUAAAAGGCAAAGGAGAACUGAAGACCUAUUUUGUACAUACUGAAAUGACAAGAUCCCUUUCACAAGGAAAUGUGACAUCCUGAAGAAUAUUUGUAGGUGUCAACUAUAGCAUAUUUUCAGGAAAGUAUCACGCACUUUUUUACUCCAUUUUGGCCCUUAACAUGAACAUGCGUGUUAUUUUCUGAUAUGUGGCACUUAUUUUAAUAUGGCUGCAGAAUAGUCCCAUGGUCCAUCAUUACACACCUCAGUAUUCUUAUAUUCCAGGACAGUUGUGAUGUGUGCUAUAGGACUGGAAGACUAUAUUGCCAUUUGGGUUGUUGCUCCAAAGCAAGAAGAAAAGAAUCAGGGAUUGAGAAAGAGACUGAAAACGAAGGGACUGAUACAGAAGGGACUAAAAGAAAAUGGUUGUAAUAAACAACACAAAAAAAUCAUAAGGCAAUAAAGCUAGGGGUGCGUAAUAUUUUCUGAUGCAUGGUGUUUUCUGGAAAAAUGCGGUAGCCUCCCUAAUAGCAUCCACUAGCCUGAUAUUACAAUAUACAGUAUUUGUAAAUAACUUGAUUCUGUUCCGCCAUACACAGUUUGGAUGUUUCACCAGUUGCAUCUCAUAGGCAGUGACACGUCGGGGGCACCUUGUUGGCAUUCUUUCCUGGAGACAGUCCUCACACUGCAGGACCAGUUUUGUACAAACGUGUCAAAUGUUUUGAUGCCAUUGUCUUUUGUAAAGUUAAUUCAUUAAAAGUUUAUAUGUACUUUGUCUUA